AUGGAUGGUCUGUCAUUCGUCAGCAGCCUAAGCACCUGCCCAUCAAUCAUUUUUUCAAGCCAAACCAAAUUAUAAUCAUUAGUCAAUCAGUAUGUCAUGUUACUUUAACCAAGCUUCCAUCAUCACUUCCGUCAGUUUAACCCUUUCAGGGACAGCGGUUACUACAGUGGACAGCUUAUCAUGUUAUCGGAUUCCAGGGUGCAUGAAAGGGUGAACAAAAAAAAAAGUCACAGUCCAACAGAUGAAAUAUCCAACUUUAUUAAACUGAUAAAUGGAAUGCGCUAUAUAGCAGCACAGUACACACACACAAACACAUUUUUAUAUAUAAAAUCACAUGGUGGCUUCCAAAGAGCUUUACAAAACACAUACACUCACCGACACUUAUUUCUCCAGGCUGUCUGUGCGUACUUGACCCAGUCAGUGACGAUUACGCUGACGGAUGAAAAUUCUUUUUUUGGAAGUUUGUCGAUAUUCAUUUUACAAAACGGGCACAUGUCAGUGACGAACUGACAGAUCUUUCAUCAGUACUAAUGGAAUGGCCACCUCUGUUAUUUUCAAUGUGCCCAGAUCUCAUUUCUCUACAAAGUGGAAACUUGCUCUUUUUCUGGCAUUUCUAGCCCAUCCCGCUGCUCCGAGCAGGUCCAGACCAUACCAGGGUGUUCGAGUUAAAGAUUCAGUCAAAGAGCUGCUGAGAAGGAAAAGAAGUGUGGGGUUGCUGAGCACCAAGACAACUGCACUUGAUCCAGAUGUGAUUACACACAACAACCAGCCAACAUUGGCACAAGGAAUCUUGGGGCAUGACAUCGCCAGCUGCUCCCGAGCAAAGUCUCCAGUACAUGAUGGAGAGAUGGCACAAUGGAGAGGUUCACUCACUGCCAACAGGAAUGGACUUCAGCAGGCAAUAACGGCUUGGUCCUCACCUGACUACAGCCAGGAGGUCACCUCCACUCAGCCUCAGGCCUGCCGGACUGGCCCGACUUUGACAGCUGAUGUCUACAUGCAAACAACUCUGUGCCCAAGUUACACGAUGCUAACCUACACACAGACACCACUGCUCACUAACGUUGGGACCAUACCUGUGGCCGCAACGACAUGCUCCCUUCCUCAAAUGGACCUCCCAGAUUUAGGGUGUGCUUAUCUCCCCUGGACACACCCCCUCACCACCCUCUCUACCGUGAUUUCAGGGGUUCAGUUUGCCUCGGGGUCUACACCUAUGUCAGGGUCAUCUUUGGUCCACACGCCUUUGUCCAAGUCUUUGACCAACAAAGAUACAGAUUCUCAGCACCAGAUACUGGAGGCACUGCAAUAUUCGGACCAGACCAACCCCAAGCUACACAAUGAGGUGCGAGAUGAAGAUCAAGAAGUAGAAUUGGAAACACCAAACUUACUUGAUAAAAUUCUGGAGGAUCAGGGGAAAGAUGAAGAUUCGGGAGGCAAGGUGUCAUACAGUAACUGGUUCUAUUUGCCCAGUGCUUUUUAACUCCUAUUUUUUUUAACUCCACUGACCACAAAACUGCAAAGGAUAGAUGAUUUGCCCCUUUGUCUGCAGAAUUAUACACAACCAAUAUCUGAUGUCAAUGAAACUUAUAUUCUUACCCACAACUUAUAUUUUCACCCAUUAAAAUGUCUGUUUAAAUACUAAUGAAGUGAGGAUAGAGGACUUUGUUUGCUUUUUGGGUCAUUUUCAAGGUUUAAAUAACAUAUUCCCACAUUAAGACAUUUAAUUUGGAGCAACUUUUAAACAAACAACAUUUAUGACAACAGUGUGAGUGAGCACAACGAAGACAGCAAGUUAUUUGCCCCAAAACAAUUUGCUGAGGUGUUUUAACAUAUAUCGGUUAUUUCUUUGUUGUGAAAUAUGGGAAAUCCAACUUUCACAAAGGCAAAACAAAAAAUAUGUUGACUUGCUCAACUUAAAAUAUUAUCAAAGCCUGUUGCUUUGAAAUUUUGAGUUGACUCUACUUUUUUGUUCUUACUGUUACGGCCUUCUCUGUCACAAUUAUUAUUAUUAAUUUUUUUUUUUAAUGUCAUGAACAAAAACGAAAACAUACCAAAUGUUGCAUACACAUUGUCCUCAGCAAAACAUUUGAUAUUUUCAAGUUUGCAUAAACAAGUACAGAAAAGGGGCGGCCCGGUAGCCCAGUGGUUAGCACGUCGGCUUCUCAGUGCAGAGGUGCCGGGUUCGAUUCCAGCUCCGGCCUCCCUGUGUGGAGUUUGCAUGUUCUCCCCGGGCCUGCGUGGGUUUUCUCCGGGUGCUCCGGUUACCUCCCACAUUCCAAAAACAUGCAUGGCAGGCUGAUUGGACGCAAUAAAUUGUCCCGAGGUGUGAGUGUGGGCGUGGAUGGUUGUUCGUCUUUGUGUGCCCUGCGAUUGGCUGGCAACUGAUUAAGGGUGUCCCCCGCCUACUGCCCGAAGACGGCUGGGAUCGGCUCCAGCACCCCCCGCGACCCUAGUGAGGAUCAAGCGGUUCGGAGAAUGGAUGGAUGGAAGUACAAAAAAGGGGGUCUGUAGCGCCUCCAGGUUUAGCAGAGUGCUUUGACCGAGGACAACAAAAAAGGAAGGCAUGUGUAGCAACCUCAGAACUCCAAAAAAGUCUGUCGUAGCCAUCCCCUAAAAUGUAAAGGAAUUAAGUUAUGAGUAUUUGAAAGUAAACUUUCGCCCAUUUCUGUACAUUUACAGGUGUCAUACAUUUUCCCCCAUGUUUCCCCCGUGUCCUAGACGGCUAAUCCAGCCAUCUAUUUUGUAUACCGCUUCCCCUCAUUAAGCUCACAAACGUAUUAUAUCGAUGAUUCCCAACUUUUAUUGAACCAAGGUCCCUAUUUUACAGCUCAGUACUCAAGGGUUUGCCUGUUCUCAGAUGUGUAAAAACUUUUUUUUCAAUAUUUUAAAAGUAUGUUUUCAUUAUUUUGUUGUUGUUUUGGCGGAAAAAAUUGCUUCCAUUUCUUCAGGGUUUUUUUUUGUUUUGUUUUGUUUUUUGGGGAAACGUAUAUUGAAUCUUUAUUCCCAUUUUAUUAAGAUUUUUUUUUCAGCGCAUCAGAAUGGGUGUCAAUUAUACAAAGAUUUUCACUUGUCAUGGUCCAUCCUGAUUCCUAUCCCCUGCAAAUAGCAGGGUUUGACUGUACUGUAUAUGAGCAGCACAGAUGAAUGUGCAAAAAUACAUUAUUGGGCUUUAAUAAACAUUAAUUUUGCACAAAUUAA